UUGUGAGAGAAUUGCAGAGUUCUGAUAAACAUUAACUUUUACUCAAAUAAAUGCACCAAAGUUUCUAUAUUAUAUGAUGUUUAGCUCAUGUUUGCAGAAACGUACAAAACUGUAAACGAUCUACUCUACUGAUACUCCUAAACCUGUUGUUUUGUUUAUUUCUACAUUAUUCGAGCAUCGGAUUCAUGUUUAUAAAUGUCACCAAUAUUCUCAUCAUCCUAAACGAAGACUUGUUUGAACAGGAAUAACACCAGGUGUUUCAACUGAGAUCUGCGGGAUAAAACAUUGUAAAGUUAUGAUUAUUAAAGAAGAGAUUGAGGACAUGAGUUAUCCAGAAUCAUGCAGUUCAAAUGUCAUGAAAAAUGAAGCUGCUGAGGAACAAAGAGAUCUGAUGGACAUGAAAGAGGAAAAUCAAGAACUAAAUGAAGUCGAAGAGAAACACCGUCCAGAUCAGACACUUCAUGAUUUCAUAACAGAUCUGAUGGACGUGAAAGAGGAAAAUCAAGAACUAAAUGAAGUCGAAGAGAAACACCAUCCAGAUCAGACACUUCAUGAUUUCAUAACAGGAACAGGAAUAACACCAGGUGUUUCAACUGAGAUCUGCGGGAUAAAACAUUGUAAAGUUAUGAUUAUUAAAGAAGAGAUUGAGGACAUCAGUUAUCCAGAAUCAUGCAGUUCAAAUGUCAUGAAAAAUGAAGAUACUGAGCAACAAAGAGAUCUGAUGGACGUGAAAGAGGAAAAUCAAGAACUAAAUGAAGUCGAAGAGAAACACCAUCCAGAUCAGACACUUAAUGAUUUCAUAACUGGAACAGGAAUAACUCCAGGUGUUUCAACUGAGAUCUGCAGGAUAAAACAUUGUAAAGUUAUGAUUAUUAAAGAAGAGAUUGAUUACAUGAGUUAUCCAGAAUCAUGCAGUUCAAAUGUCAUGAAAAAUGAAGAUACUGAGGAACAAAGAGAUCUGAUGGACGUGAAAGAGGAAAAUCAAGAACUAAAUGAAGUCGAAGAGAAACACCAUCCAGAUCAGACACUUCAUGAUUUCAUAACUGGAUUAACAGAGCAAAACCAACACCAAGUACCCUCUGGAACAUGUUUAAGUGCCCCAGAAAAGAUGGAGUUAAUUAAAGAGGAGUUGAAAGAUGUGAGUGAUGUGAGUGAUGAGAGUGAAGACGUCAGUAUUUCAGAACCAUUCAGACUGAAGUAUAAACAUACUAAGAAAAAAAGAGUUUUUAUCCCAAAAGCAAAAAUAACUGGGGAGUCAUGCCCGCUGUGCCUGCGGAUGUACUCUCAUCUGAGCCAGCAUCUUCGUGUCAUGCACAAUGUAAAGAACAAGAAGGAAAGGCUGCUGCUGUUGGCACUGGAGUCAGGACGGAUCAAUGUCCGUGAAGGAUGUUGCCCCAUGCCAGGCUGUGGUAAAGACACAACCAGGUUAGACCGGCACCUCCGUACCCACAGGGAGCUCUCAAGGGUGGCUCAGAAAGAAGCAAUGGUGCUCUGCAAGAGAAAGAAGAUCCUCUCUGAACUGGCUUCACUCAGGGCAUCUGAUCCAGAUGUGCCCAUGGUGUCUACCCUUGAUUUGGAGGAGGACAAACCUGUGUUGGAGGAUCCUGAAGUACCUUUGGACACAGAGGAGGAGUGCAGCAACACCACCUGUAAGCUCCAAACCCAAAAGCUGACCUCACUGGUGGCAGACUUGAAUCUCCAGGUGGACACACUAACAGAAGCGCUGCGAAAUGUCACCCGCCGGUACCGGUUGCUUAAGAGGAGGUCAUCUGCCCAGGCUUCGACCAGGAUAGGCCAGGUAACACAAAGACUCCUCUCCUCUCUCGUGUCUGACGAUAGCAAGGAAGUCUCUGCAAAUGAGCAGCCCUCCACAAGCCAGCAGCUUUCCACCCAGCUCGGCCCAGAGCCAAAAAAAGACCCUCAUUACCCUGAACACAUGGCAGUACUGAAUGAGCUCCUUGAGGAAUACAGGAGGCAUCAGGAGGGUCCAGACCCUUCAAACAAAAUGAAGGAGAACGUCAGUGGUAAAAUCUACAUGAUAAAAAAAUUCAUUGCCUUCAUGGCGCAAGGCAAGGAGAAACUUGACACCCUCAUCUUCCUCAACAAGAUGGCCAGGUUACGGGCGUGGAUCAGCUCCCUCCAGCAAGCCAAAAUCAAGGACACAACCAUCCAGCACUAUAUCUUAAACAUAGCCAAGUUUGUGAGUUUUGUCAGAGACACCCCUCCUCCGAGCUGCCGCCUCUCAAAACAAGUCCUUGUCAGGAUCCAGCAGGAGCUAAGGGGCCUGUUGAAAUCCAUGAAAAGGGGCAUGGCAUUGCAUCAGGUGUCAAUGAAGCAAGUAAAAGAGUCACGGGUGCUCAGCAUAGAGACUCUUUUGAAGUGCCGGAGUCUGGCAAAGCAGGCCAUCCCAAAAAUCCUAACCCUCCUUGAGAGCGACCCCACCCCCAAGCUGCAAUGGAAGUUUUAUGGCCACUUUGUGGCUUUUCUUGCCUCCAUCUAUGGUCACCAGGGUGGAGUUUACCAGAAUAUGACCAUCAAAAGGGUGGAGGGGGCGAGGAAAUCCACCACCGAAAACGCCUACCUGAUCAACAUAAUAUCUCACAAAACCAAUCAGAUGUUCGGGCCUGCCCAAAUUGCACUUUCAGAGGAGGAGUACGAAUGGACACGGCACUUCCUGCGCAUUAAGGACAUGCUGCCGGGCGGGAAGGAUGCAGAAUUUUUCUUUUUUACAUCCAGACCGAACCCGUGCAAAAGUUUGAACAACUUCCUUCAAGAAGCCUGGAAAUCAAUGGGCCUGCCCGGGUGUCCAACAUUUACAGACCUCCAAAACUCCAUCGACGACCACUACACGCACAUCACUGACAACCGCAUGAAAAUCUCAAAGUUCAUGUGCCAUGGCGUCGGGACGGUGGAUAAAUUCUACCCCAUACCUCUAAAUGCCAAGCAAGACGUGAAGAACCGCAGGUCCUUCGAGGCCACAUUGGAGGGUCCCGAAUGGUCUCCUGAAAAAGAGCAGCAUCAGCAGAAGCGGAAACGACAAGGCCAGAUGGCAGAUCACCCCUGCAAGCGCUCUAUGCCAAAGGGCUCACCAGCCACCCCUGAUCGGUCCAUCACUUCGGGCAGCGGCACCCUCGAGGAGAUUGUGGUGAAGUACCAGGAGACAGGGGUGUCCAGCAUCAAGUCCAGCAAGGAUGCAGAAGAAGCAUCGGGGCCCAGUGGGGAAGGCCAGGUGUCCGAGCCUAGCAGGGAAGAUGAGGCCUCAGAGCCUAGCAGGAAAGGCAAGGCAUCGGAGGCAAACGGGAAAGGCGAGGCGUCGGAGGCCAGCUGGGAAGGCCAGGUAUCUGAGCACAGUUCACCCAGCCAGUAAAAGGUAUCAAGUAAGAAGAGGACACCCUUUUGUUGUCCUUUCUCCAAUCAAGUCUGCACUGAAGACGAGAUUAAAGCCGAGCCAGAUCUCCCCUAUCAAGAUGAAAGAGGGGGUGGUCUCUAAGGCCCACGCGAUGAUGGGUCUGAACCAGCACAAGCUGGUAGAUGCCAAGGUGAAGCAUGCUAUUAAAAGGUGCCAUGCCAGGAAAUACAUUUUGAUUUUGUUUUAACUUUCUGUGACUUUGGCAGACUGAAAACUCAGGACAUUGUCACCUAUUGCAUUGGACAAUAGACCAUUUGAUUUGUAAUUUUAAAAGUUCCACUUUUUGUUUUUCAACUUCUGUUUGCCAUGUUUGCUGUUGUGUUACAGAGAAAUAGUUUUUGUCUGGUCUCUUAUUUCUGACAGUGUGUUAUUAUUUAAACUGUUCUGGUUUGUAAUUGAGCUUUCUUAUAAAUGGGUUUUUGAUUUUUUAUAUUGAAGCUUCUUGUCUGUCAUUUCCCCCGAUAUAGUGGUAUUGUUGGUUUUAAAUGCAAUUUUAAGAUGUGCUGUAAUGUGAUACUCCAACAUCCACAUUGGUGCCCAAACAGAACCAUUAAACGUUACAUUAAGUUAUAUGUAAAAAAACCCAAAAAAGAACUCUUUAUUUGCAUAGAAUUGCUUGUACACUGAGCUCCUAUCUGGUGUCUACCCUAUAAGUUGCAGGUGGUAUGCUGUUAUGGACAUUUUGAAUGAACUUAUUGAAUGGGCCCCGAUUACGAUGCACGUGGACAACUCAUUUACAUUACAUAAUACAUAAUUAUAUUGAAUAUUAUUGAUUAAAACCACAUGUCCAGCACUCAGGGUAGGUAUGGGC